CAUGUUCAGUGAUCCGUCGCUCGUCAUGCGGGGGAGAGCGAUCUUGGACGCGUUCGCCAAGCAAGAUAGCACCGACGCUAGACCCGAUCCGUCUCUCUCAGGGCUCUCAGAGCCAACCUCACCCAACUGGCAGCAGGACCAUCGCCAUUAUUCACGUUCGCCCUCCAGCCCGGCGCAGCUGUACGCUCUCACAGUCACAUUGCUCAUGAAUGCGCUGCAACUUUCUGGCUGAAUGUAUGCGCAUAGGGUAGCUGUGGUGGGACAGAUUGCAGCUACACCAGCGCGUUACUAAUAACACGCCCUUGAGGACCACUUCCUUUGUCCUUCUUUCAGUAGACGCUUCACCUUCUCCUCAAUGGCGCCAGUGCUCGAUACCCCAAGACCACGCGUACGAUCCUCCGGAAGACCGCAAAAACGUCCCAUCUCCGAUUCAGUGCCCCUCUACAAAAGGCGAAAGUACGCCCCCGGUGGUCCAGGUGGCGGAGGGAGAUUCCUAGAGAAUGCAGGCUUAGAAACACCGGCUGGAGGAUCUGCUUCAGGUGGUUACGCAUAUACAGCAUCUCGCAGUCGUACCAGUCGCCUCAACGCGGAGCGACAAGGCUUGCCCGCACCUUCCCCCUCAUAUUCCCGACCUCGACGCGAAAGGGCGCCUGCUGGACCACGAUCCAGUUCGGCCGCCGCAGUCGCCGCAGCAGUGGCGCACAACGAUGGAUACAAGCCGCGAGAAGAGCGUGGCUGGGAGGAGUUUCACCAGACGCUCGAUAUAGAUGCUGAACUCCCCAUUUUCAGCGCAGACCAGAUCGAUGGAAUCAGUCCGCCAGAAUCAGCCCCUGGCACUCCUCUGAAUGGCUCCUCUUCCAACCAGUUCGCAAUUAGUAAUGGAAUUGCAGCACAGCUGGAAGGCAUCCACGCUCAGCAAGAUGCGCAAGAGAGCCUAGCAUCAAAUGGCUCCAUGAUCACUCCUAGGAAGCGGGGGCCCGGUCGACCCCCCCGUAAACUCGACUCCAUGCUGAAUGGUCUUGGCUCGCCACCACGCCCCCGAAUAAAUCCUCUGCCGACCCAAAACCCAAGGGAGAAGCUCAAUCUGCCAAAACCAAGUACUCGCGAAGUAGACCCCUUCACUGCUUUUGAAGAAAGUGAAGGCAGGGUCAACUAUGUAGAUCGGACCAUGGCAAGUGUUGGAUAUCAGGAGAGCGAAAUGUUCUCAAACCAAGGGGGAGCCUUUAUCAGAGUGCCUGAAGGCUCGAUAGAAGAGGACCUGGAUCUAAUGCUCAGAACCGAGGGCGAAGGAUCCACGGCAGUCGCAGUUGGACGCGUCGAAUACGACAUGGAUGAACAAGAUGACCGCUGGCUGGAGACACUCAACACCCAGCGCCGCGAGGAAGGCGUGGAAGCCAUCAAACCCGCAAUAUUCGAAGUCACCAUCAGUCAAAUUGAAAAGGAAUGGCAUGCACUAGAGAAACGAAUACCGAAACCAAAUCCCAAACCGCCGCAAACCCACCGACCACGUUCGAGCUCUGCGGCUGCCGUUAAUGGCGAGCCUGCCGGUCAAGGCGAAGAGCAGGAUACAAAAUGCGCCAUAUGCGAUGAUGGAGAUUGUGAGAACACUAAUGCGAUAGUGUUCUGUGACGGAUGUGAUCUCGCAGUGCAUCAAGAGUGCUAUGGGGUACCAUUUAUCCCAGAAGGGCAAUGGCUCUGCAGACGGUGCCAGUUGGUUGGUCGUGGUACCCCUGUUACCGAGCAACCGGGUUGCAUCUUCUGUCCUAAUCCCGAUGGUGCAUUCAAGCAGACCACAGCUAUGAAAUGGGCUCAUCUAUUAUGUGCCAUGUGGAUACCUGAAGUCUCGCUUGCCAAUACAACUUUUCAGGAGCCUGUGCAAGACGUCGAAAAGGUUCCAAAGACACGUUGGAAACUGACAUGCUACAUAUGCAAGCAGAAAAUGGGCGCCUGUAUUCAGUGUGGACACAAGUCAUGCUUUGAGGCUUUCCAUGUCACCUGUGCUCGCAAAGCUCGGUUGUGCUUGAAGAUGAAGCAGUCCCAAUCGCAUAACUCUCUUGAUGCUAGUGUCCUCAAAGCAUACUGCGAUAAGCAUUCUCCAAACGACUGGCGUCGAGAAAACGAUGUGGAACAAUCCCUCGCAUUCGCAAAGAGGGAGUACCGCAACACUUUCAAACACGUCCGAUGGGGCGACAGUCAAGCAUAUGCCCUGUCCAUUGGUUCUUCACAUGCAGUACCUUCGAUCGAAGGCAUGGAGGAGGAAGAGGAAACCACAGGCAACAAACGCAAACGAGGCCAACCUGGAAAAUCCUGGCGACUGCCCUCGGGAGCUCCCGUUGUACCCCAGGUCGUCUACAACAACGUUGAAACUGCCCUCAUCAAAUUCAACGUUCGCAAGCGCAAGGAGUUCGUUCAAGAGGCAUGCAAAUACUGGACCCUGAAACGGGAAGCACGUCGUGGAGCCGCCUUACUUAAGCGAUUGCAGCUACAAAUGGAUGCAUUCUCGUCCAUGGAAAUUACGCGUCGAAACUUCGUUGGUAUGGGUGCUGCUGGCAGACCGAGGCUCCAACGUCGCAUUGAAUUCGCCGAGCAACUGGAAAAGGAUAUGGAGCAUGUCCGAGACCUUUGUGCCAUGGUCAAAGAGCGCGAACGCCAAAAGUUGGAAGAUGUUGCGAUACUAACGUCAAUCCUUGACACGAUAUACUUUCCCCUUUCACCAAUUUUGGCGCCCAUUGUCAAACGAGCUCUCGCAUAUGACACUAAAGAUGUUUUCAAAGACGGCAUUUUGGCGGUACAAGCCAAGUUGAACGAAAAAUAUUACACAUCUGUGCAAUCCUUCAGCGAGGAUAUGGCGGCAGUAUUCACUUCUGUCAUUGACUUCACCACAAUCACCAACGUUAUUGAUGCAGAGCAACAGCUCAGCGACGUUGCUCACGAGACCUUGACGGCAGAGCAGAAGGAGAAGAAAAAGCUGGCCAAACGCAUCAUUCGUGGAUUGCAGCCUUUAUUUGACGAUGCGUUACGUAAAGAGUCUGAUCUUGCCGGCAGACCUUUCGAACGAGAAGUUCCCAAUCUUGAAGCGCUUCUCGAUCAAAAGUUGCGUAAAUCUGAGAGUGCUUCUGCGAACGGAGAGGCACUCCAAACAUCAGUGGAAAAUAGCUCUUCUACGGUAUCAAAGAACGAACAACAGGAGCAACAUACAACUGCGGACGCGGCUAACGCUAAAGACGAACAAGGUCUUCAUCUUGCACCCACCCCAGAGGAAAAUGCGGAUGAUCAGCAUGGCAUUCGGGAUGAGGCGGCAGACGAAGCAGCUAUUGCCGCCCAGCUCGGGCAAGAUGCUAUUAUGGGAGGUGUAGCACCUCAUGUUCAAAUGAACAUUGAACGCAGUGUAACAGACGGACAAGCUGUGCCACCGACGCCUCCUGGAUCGGAUCAAGAUUUGCUUGGGCCCAUUCAUCACGGUGGAAUACCGUGGUACUUGAAAGAGUUCGAUCCAGAAGGUACUACUGUUCACGAGGAGCGAUGGACGGGAAGAGAGCUACUCCGCGAUAUGAGCGAGGAGCUUAGCGAGCUUGAUGAUGACGAGCUGAAUGACCUGGCUGAUCCAGAAGCACUGGCUCCGGUAGAGGGUGCCACGGGCGAGAAUGCGUCGGCGCCGGCAACGUUACAGAAGGCAACAGUACGACGGCAGAAGCGGCGACGCAACUGGUAGGAGCAGCGGUGAGAUUGCAGCCUUGUUUCCUUCUCCAUCUCUUUUCUGUCCAGGCAGAAUGGGGUUCUUUUCCUUUCUUUGUUUCUUUCGUUCCUUGUAUUGUAAGUUCUUUAGCAAUGUGUACAAUACCUAUAUACAUAUGAUGGGGUGCGUGUACGGGGGAUAGCAGGCGCAACAGGAGUUUGAGGGCAUUCCACCUUUGCUUCUGUUCUUUUUCUUUUUGUCUGGCUUGGAACGUCUGCCAGGGCUUUUUUUU